UGGGGCGCAGGCUGCUCUCUGCCUUGCACAAGUCGGGCGCAGGCUGCUUUGCCGAACGGGAGUGGGGCGCAGGCUGCUCUGCCGAACGCGAGUGGGGCAAAGGCUGCUCACUUGGACAGAACCGGACGUGGUCGGGCUCGCAUCACCGGGAGGCCCUGGUAAAGCUUCAUUCCAGGGGGAUGGGCUACGCCACGGCUACGCCAUGCCCGGUCCCCUUGAAAGAUCUCACUUAUUUGUUCCUGUGCUUGCUCCUCAUUGGUUCAGUCAACACCACUCAGUCAGGGAUAUUUCACCACGAAGCAGACACUCAACAAAGGCAGAGGCAUGGCCUGGAUGUCCAGUGUCCAGCAGGAAAACAUCUUAAGCCUGCUUCAAUCCCUAACACAACAGCAGAGUGCCUGCCCUGCCACAGUGGCAUAGACUUUACGGAGUACCCCAACGGACUUCCCUCCUGUAUUCCUUGUCAAAUCUGCAAGCCAGACCAGGAAGAGGUAAUGCCGUGUAACGCCACCCGGAACACCCAGUGUCAUUGCAAGUCUGGCACCUUCUGUCCGAAAGACCAUCCCUGCGAGAUCUGCAAAAAGUGCAAAUCCAAGUGCCCCAAAGGGAUGAUAGAAAUCAGCUCUUGCAGCCCUCGGAGUGACUUGGAGUGUGCCUACCCUCUGCCAUCAGACACAAGAAAUUAUUGGAUAACAGUUGCAUCGGUGACAGCAGCAUUAUUCAUCAUGCUGGUUGUUUUUGGCAGUUUUUUCCGGUAUACUUGUGCUGUUUCUGAAGCUGAUAACUCAUCUUUGAGGAAUCCUUUGAACAUCAAGGGAUACUUGCUAUCACUCCUGCAGAACAGCUGUCACCCACAGCAUCCUGAUGCUUGGGGUAAUGAACACACUGAGAGUGAUCACCAGAGCCAAGCAAAUUCCCCUGAGAAUCAAGGCAAUGAAUGUAAGGGGCUGUUGGAGGAAGUUAUAACCAUUCCCAAGACUGCAACAGCGAAUGGGCAUCAUCCGGGCCAGGCAGAAGCACCUCUGGCCAAUCCAAAGUCACUCUUUCCAGCUGAUGGUGACCACAUCAGGACUUUGGAGAAGUCUUUCUUUAUCUUUGAACAGGAGGUGCCCUGGGAUUGCUGGAAGCAGUAUAUGAGGCAGCUGGGGCUGAGCCAGAAUGAGAUCCAAUUAGCCAGAGCAGCGGAGAGUAACAUCAAGGACCAGCCACAUAGCUUGCUUAUGGCGUGGCUGAAUAAAACUGGAAAGGAGGCUACUGUGGACUGCCUGCUGCAGACCCUGGACAAGAUACACCAGAGGGCUGCCCGAGAAACCAUCCAUGACGAACUCAUCAAAAGCAAGCUCUAUGUCUACCAGGAAAGAGAGGACAAGAAGCCAAACUAAGACUGACAGAAGGGUGGAGGGGGUCACAGGUAUCAUCACAUUUUGCCUUUCUCCUCCUUCUGUGAAUACAUUAACUUUGGAGGAGUCACAGAAUAACCAGGUAUGAAAGUUAUGUAAAAAUAACCUGACCUCUGAGGAUGUUCUCCUAUGGUACCCUCUUGGGACAGAUCAAGUUGAGGUCUUGAAAAUGUGAGUUUCUUGAAGGAAGUAGGCCAACAGCUGCCUUCCAUGUAUUUCUAUAUUUUAUGGCCUGUGACUUUUUCAUAUGUUUACAUUUUUCUACUUUUGUAUAUUUGUAUAGCCCAAGGAUUUACAUCACUACAGUAUUACAAAUUUACUAUCAAUCUGCUAAUGUAAGUUUUGAUUCAGGGCUUAAAAUACACAGUAGUGUUUUUAUUCUACAAUUUUUUAAAAGUAAAUUAGAAAAUGUAUUUUUUAAAAUUUAAUGAAUGUUUUAAAAGUGGUAUAAAAAAGGGUUAUUUUUUACUAUCCCUCGCAGUGGGAAAAACACUAUGACUCUAGAUGUGAAGUCAAACGUAGUAUUGUGUGACAGGCAGGUGACUUCACUUGUCUGAUCAUUAGCUUUUAAAUUUGUGAAAAUGGAGACAGUAACAUGUCUUUUUUUUAUUUAUGCAUGUUAUGUGAUAGCAUUCAAAAGCACUUUGAAAACUAUCAAAUAUGUGUUGGGUUUUUUUUUUUAGUUUAAUAAGUAUUAUUUCACUGUGGCCUGGUCGGUAUAAGCACAAGACCAGGUUCUAGUGCUCAUUAAACAGAAACUGCUGUGCCCUAAUAAGUCACUUUACUCUGGGUCUGUUUCUUUGAGAAAAAGGAUUUGGACAGACCAGCUUUUUGUCAGCACUAGUUUUCUUGCACUUUGAACUAGUAUAGUCCCCCAAUUUAUAUGGCUGAGCCGGACCCUUUGAGGUGGCUAGUUUCUGGUUAGAGAUCUCAUUGUGACUGUGUAGAACAAGAAUGUUGGUAUUUGGAAUUUUUUUUUCAUUUUGUUUUUCAAAUUUCUAAGCCAUAUAGUCUUCUCCCUUAGUAUGGACGUCACCAUAGCUGACAUAAAAACCCAUGCCUAGAACAUGGCAGGUUCUUGAUGAAUGUUCUUUAGUCCCCUGUUACAAUGUGAGUAGAUUUUACCUAAUCUGUCUCCCUUGGCUGGAGGUGUAGAGUGAUAAGCAGGAAAAAACAAAACAAAACAAAACAAAGGGUGAUUGGCCUCCACCCUUGAGUAACUAAGCUGCUUUUGCAGAGAAAUUUGAAAUUUGUGUCCUGCUGCUCAAUCAGGCCCUACUGCCUGGGAUAAGGGAUCACACAUAUCUCAGGAAUAGUUUUUUUUCAAGUUUAGGGGAUCUCUGAAUUCUGAUCCUACCACAGAACAGCUGUGACUGUCUCUGAAUUUAGUUCCCUCAUCUGCAAAAUGGGAACCUUUUAUGCACUUAUUGUGAGAAGAAAUGUUUUGUUACCAAUCAAGUAAUUGUAAAUGGAAGGAACAUAUUUUUUCUUGCAUCUCUGUCUUCUCAGAAUUGGUUCAGGUAACUCAAUGUCUUUGCAGAAGAGCAAGAACAAAACAAUGGCAUUGUGUAUAAAAGUUAUGUAUUUAUGAAUUUAUGCUCAAAUUAAAUAUGAAACCUUGUAUAAAAAGAGGGUUUUUUUUUCUCCUUCUUCCCUCCCACCUCCCAAUGAGUAGCAUCAGUUCUUGCCUCUGUAAUUUGGUCAACCAUGCCCUGCAUGGGCGAGUUACGUUAACUCAUGCCAACUCUUGGAAUUCAUCUCAAAGCCCGAGGAGAUGUGAGGGCAACGUCUCCAUCUCUUCCCCCAGCAGAGAGGUAUAUAUCUGCUUUUCCAGCUAGGGGUCAGAGUUUGUCUACCCUCUAAGGGCUGGUUCAGCUAGGUUGGUACCCCAGGCCACAAACUGGACCAGAGGGUGAUAGAAAUUGGCUCUGAGGGCACAGCAGGGGAGAAGGGGAGAGGGAUCCCUGAGGGAGUAACUGUCCUUCACUGGGCAUUAUGUUUCCCUUUUUUUCUCUCUUCUUCCUAGGCUCUAUCCAGGCCCAUCUAGGAAAAAAACCUUUGAAAGGAAGAAGUCAUUUUUUUCCAAUCAGGAAACUCCAAUCAUUUGGCUGGGUCCUUCCUUUCUCCCUCAACCGACUUCCUAUCCUCUUACUCCAAACACAGACCUGAAAACUCUGGAAACCUCCCUAUUUUGUUGGGCAAGUCAUCACCCUGUCCCCCCCUUUCUGCCACGGGGGGUCUGUGGGCUUCAUGAAGGCCCUGUGAAGAUCAGUUCUACCCUGCCCCUAUGUAGGGAUGCUUGUAAUCACACCAUACUGUACUUGCCCUUUUUCUUUUAAGGAGAAACUAAGGGUACAGCAGCAUUUGUCAACACAGCACCAGCCUUAUUCCCCUGUGCCUGGGCAUAUAGGGAGAGAAGGCCAGCGGAGGGCAGCACAUCACCAAGGUGGCCAGUCAGCUUGGGAAAUGAACCUUGGGGCAGAGAGUAUACAUGAAAAACAGAGCUCUAGUGGUCCCCACAGUUUAACUGUUCGUCUGGAACAAAGUUUGCUCUGCAAUAAGCUAAACAGGCUGGUCAAUCCAGCCUGGACUAGACCCAAUUCUUGACAUCCCAGGGCUUCCUUUUCCCCACCAGCCCUAUGGAGCCCAGGAAACAUACUAGGACAUCAGACUACCAGGUGGGCCCCUCCCACAGCUGCCCAGAAGGGGCAGUCAGUCUCUGAAGGGUUCCCCCCCUACCUCCCAGGCCCCUGUUUAAAAACUUAGAGCCAACAAAAAUACUAGCUACUAAUUAGGCCUUAAUACUAAGGCUACUAAGGAAAGGGGUCAGGGAAAGGAACAUUGAGAAAGGAGCUUUGCCAGCCCUCCUUUUGCUCCAUGGGGGCUGCAGGCUCUCUUAUCACCCCCUUCCCCUCCCUAGAACCACAACCCUGCUCUGUUUCUCAAAACAGUGGCCUCUUGUCCUGAUCUACACACUAUCCUUUUUCCACUCUCCCAAAUUGAGGGGCGGGGGAGGAGUGGAAGAUGCCAUAAAUUUAAAGAAAAGCCAGUUCCCUAACUCCUCUCAAUUAAUUCCCCCCCCCCCCACACACACACA